AUGGCGAGUGCUCGAUUGUUGCAACAGAUCAAGCUCGUUCGAGUACGGCCGGUGCUGCAGCUCUGCAUCUGCAUCUGCAUCUGCAUCGCAUCGUGGUCGACUUUGGCCUCGGGCUGCGGAUAUCUCGAUGAUCCUUCCAGCCAACCAAACUUAAAAACCUCAUCCCACACCUCAUGCAUCCGUACCUGA